GAGAGUCUACCAUCGACAACAUCACCAACUGAGAAGCCUCCGGUUGUUCCCAACGAGCAAGCCGCGCCAAACCCCGAAGUCGUUGUCAACAGCAAUGAGAAGGACGUCGAGGCCGCCGCACCAAGAGCUCCGCCACCAAACUUCCUCGGAAACGUACCCAACGGAGGUCUCCAAGCAUGGCUACAAGUCGCUUUCGGAGUCUUCCAAACAUACUACGAGUCUGGUGUUCUGAUACGUGCUUCGUCAUCUAACAUCUCAUGGGUCGGUGCUAUCCAGUCGUACUGUGUAUUGCUCAUGGGCUUCCUCUCGGGUCCUAUCUUUGAUCGAGGAUACCUUCGUCCAUUACUUUGUGUUGGUUCUUUCCUUAUUGUACUAGGAUUUAUGAUGCUUUCAAUCUGUCAUACUUUCUGGCAAGUACUUCUGGCCCAGGGCUUCUGCAUUGGUAUCGGAUCUGGACUCUUGUUCGUCCCAGCUGUUGCCAUUCUCCCGACGUACUUCAACACCAAACUCGGUCUUGCAAUUGGUCUUGCAGCUUCUGGUAGUUCAAUGGGUGGUAUCAUCUACCCCAUUGUGUUCUACAGAUUGCUCGACCAGAUUGGCUUUGGAUGGUCUGUUCGUGUCUUGGGUUUCCUUGCCCUGGCCACCUUGCUCAUCCCCAUCUUCGUUAUGAAGCAGCGUGUCAAGCCUCCAAGGGCUCGUGCAUUGAUUGAUACAACAGUCUUCAAGGAUAUCCCAUUCAUGCUCUUCACUCUCGGCGCAAUGAUCGGCUUCAUCGGAUUGUACACCGUUUUGUUCUACCUCUCAUUCUUCGGCCAAUCCAAUGGUUACACCGAUGCCAGCAUGUCCUUCUACAUUGUACCCAUCCUCAAUGCAGCCUCGGUGUUCGGUCGUACUUUACCCAACGCUCUCUCCGACAAAACUGGCUCGUUCAAUAUCAUUCUGCCUGGUGCGGCUGUUUGCUCAAUCCUUAUCUUCUGCAUGAUUGCCGUGGACGGGCUGGGCAGUAUCGUUACGCUCGCCAUUCUCUUUGGUUUCUUCUCCGGCGUCUUCAUCGCUCUACCUCCCGUCUGUCUUGUUGCUCUGACCGCGGACAAGUCCAAGAUUGGCAGCAGAAUUGGCAUGGCCUUCGGAUUCAUCGGGUUUGGCACUUUGGCUGGUGGACCCGGUGGCGGUGCUAUCUUGCAGAACUAUGGCCCUACCAACAACUGGACCGGCCUGUGGGUUUACGGAGGCGUUUCUUGUGCUGUUGCUACUUCCUUCUUUGCAGUAGUCAGGUUCAUGAAGGCAGGAGGUAAACUCAUGGUCAAGGUG